CGGACUCCGGCCAUCAUGAGGUCGGACGCUGCUGCUCGCCACGCUUGCACGCGCUCCACGCCACUAUAUAAGCCGCAGCGCAGCGGCCAUGAAGCCACACACCAGUCACGCCGGAGAAGCAAACAGCACCUGCAUCACACGAGCAGCGAGCGUGUGUUGGAGAUGAGAGGACUCCUGGUGCUCGCCCUGCUGGUCGCGGCCGCCGCGUGCCUCGUGGCGGUGCGCGGCGCGGACGGCGCGGGCGAGUGCGGGGCGACGCCGCCGGACAGGAUGGCGCUGAAGCUGGCGCCGUGCGCGUCGGCGGCGCAGAACCCGAGCUCCGCGCCAUCCAGCUCCUGCUGCAGCGCGGUGCACAGCAUCGGGAAGCAGAGCCCCAAGUGCCUCUGCGCCGUCAUGCUGUCCAAGACCGCCAAGAGCGCCGGGAUCAAGGCCGAGGUCGCCAUCACCAUCCCCAAACGCUGCAACCUCGUCGACCGCCCCAUCGGCUACAAGUGCGGAGAUUACACUCUGCCAUGAGCUUUGAGAGCUUACUUGAGCACCAGUGCAUGAUCCGUCGGAGUUAGCACGACGUCUGUGGGAAGUGACGGUGACUGUGUCAGUGUGUGUGUGUGUGUUGCCAGUAAACGAGACUUGUGAUUACCAUACAUGUGGAACUCCAGUAUGAUACGGGUGUCUCAGUCUCACUAGAUACGUGUGUACUUGUACUCUCUUGUAGUCAGAGUCAGGAUGUUCCAGAGAUGCUGUCCUGCAUCCUCCAAAUAAAACUUGUUGUCUUGGACAAAUUUGGUUAAGGGAGCUGCUUGUGUGCACUCAUUGUUUGGUUGAAAAAAAUUGCUGUUCGUCCAUUUAAUAAAUAAAUAAGAAUGAGCACGAAUUGAGUUA